AUGAUGUAUAUCCAUCAAGAUGAAUGGAACGGGCAGCAUCCCUUUGAUCAGGCGGGGCCGGGCCAUGCACCGCGCAGCCAUAUCCCAGAGUUUCUCAACCUCGCGACACCUAUCACGCUUAGCGAUAUCCUCUCUGAGCUGUACCUUUCCUCAGCAGAUUUCCACGCCCUCUCGAUGACCCGGAGUGGCACGGUAGUGUUCGCCGAUGGGCCAGACUACACGUGGUAUGUGAUCGAAGAGCCGGAGCUUGCCACAGGGCGAAUGACGAUAGCCGAGUUUGGCUCUGACGGCAGUGUCCGCGAUUCGAUUGUUCGUCGAGCCUGGAAUAUGGGUCAGGUAAUGGCUUUUGGUCAGAGUUUGGGCCGGCGUGUCGCGGAUUUGGAAGAGUCGUGUAUUGGAGGCCCGCCGCAGUAUAACGAGCCAUUGAACAUGGACCGUCCUAAUAUUGAGCUCUUGGAGGCAACGAGAAUGGACAGCAAGUUUCUCUAUGGGGGAUUCGGUUAUAUGGACCUGUGGGUGCGCCUUAUUGAGCAGAAUGCACCUGGGUAUCUGGACCUUGAGGCUCAGGGGCGGGAGAUGGAAUUUAAGCUUGACAAUCUGCGUAAUGUUGGCAUUGAUACUCUCUAA